AAUAUAUUAUCCAUUGUUAUUAAGUUUAAAACCAAAUUAUAUCAUGUCUGCUGCCAACUUUGAAGCCGCUUCAGCGUAUGUUCGUUCUCUGCCGAAAGAUGGACCCAUUCAGCUAGACAACGAUACCAAACUGAAGUUCUACGCGUUAUACAAGCAAGCCACCGAGGGUGAUGUGAAGGGUUCGCAGCCGUGGGCGGUUCAGAUGGAGGCUCGCGCUAAAUGGGAUGCCUGGAAUGCGAUUAAAGGCAUGAGCUCGGAGGAGGCCAAGGCGGCCUACGUUUCCCUUCUUAUUGAGGUCACAAAGUCAAAGGGGCACCCGUGGACCCCGUAA